AUGACAGGCAGAGUGCCUUCAAUCGCGUGUAUAGGGGUGAUUGGCAAACACAAUAACCCAUUGCAUAUAUCCCUCUUCCCGGCAGAGGAACGAGCUCCCUUGGAGUUCCAGUUUCUGUUGUCAUCAUGUCUCGACAUCUUCGAGGCUCGCCUUCCUCACAAGACGGCAGACCAAGACUUCGGCCUUCUACAAGCUGUCGACGAGAGAUUAGCCAUGUACGGCUGGUUGACAAACACUGGAGUCAAGUUCGUCAUUGUUGUGGAUAUGGAGGGUAGGCCUGCAACGAAUCUAGACAGCAAAUCAGCGACGGCUGUUGGACUGCGAGACGCGGAUGUGAAACCAGCUUUCCGAGCCUUGCAAACAGCAUAUAUCAUGCUGCUGAGAAAUCCAUUCUAUGACCCCGCAGAGCACUCGCCUGUUGCUGCCAAUGUCGAGCAAAGAAUUGGGUCAACUCAGAUCACCAGCCGGAAAUUCAUACGAGAAGUCAAGAGGAUCGCUGAUACUUGGUACCCUGGUGUUACCAAUAUCUGA